AUGGCAACUGCUGGUAAGGUGAGUUUAUUAUGAGUUAGAGUGUGGGUCAACUCGCUUGACUGUUUCCGCCGUUUUUUACCACAGAUUUUUUUCGUUUAGCCGAUAAAAUGCCGUGCAAUGGUUGCUUGGGAGGCAAAGAAACCUCUGAGUUUAGAGGAGAUUGAAGUCGCUCCCCCCAAGGCCGGCGAGGUCCGCGUUCAGAUCUUGUACACGGCCCUUUGUCACACCGAUGUUUAUACUCAGGAUGGACAUGAUCCAGAAGGCAGAUUCCCCUCGAUCCUUGGGCACGAAGGUGCUGGGGUUGUUGAAUCUGUGGGUGAGGGGGUCACUGAAUUCACUCCCGGUGAUUACGUGAUUCCCGUUUAUAUCCCCCAAUGCAGAGAAUGCGAAUAUUGCAAACAUCCAAAGACCAAUCUCUGCCAGAAAGUCAGGUAAAACAAGUUGUGUUUGUUGUUCGUUGAUCCCAGUUUUGUAUUGUAUUGUACACUUUUAAUUGGUGGGUCUUCAGAGUUACUCAAGGAAACGGUGUUCUUCCUGAUGGGACUACCCGUUUUACCUGCAAAGGGAAGGAACUCUAUCAUUUUAUGGGAACGAGCACCUUCAGUGAAUACACCGUGGUCUCUGAAGUCUCUCUUGCCAAGGUGAGCAGUUUGAUAAAGUGCGGAGUCUUAUGAUUUAGAUCAACAAAAAAGCCCCCUUGGAUAAGGUCUGUCUACUCGGAUGUGGCAUCCCCACCGGUUAUGGAGCUGCUUUGAAGACUUGUGGAGUGGAGAAGGGAUCCACAGUCGCUGUCUGGGGUCUUGGAGCUGUUGGGUUGGCUGUUAUUAUGGGGGCCAAGGUCGCUGGAGCCAAGAGAAUCGUCGGAAUUGAUGUUUUAAAUGAUAAGAAACCACUGGGUAGGUGAAUAAGUAUGUUGUGUACAAUGGCUUGUAUUCAGCCGAAAAGUUUGGAGCGACAGACUUUGUAAACCCAAAAGAAGUUCCACAGGACAAGCCGUUCCAGCAAUAUCUGGUGGAUACUUUUGACGGAGGUUUCGAUUACACCUUUGAAUGUAUCGGAAAUGUGAAUACCAUGGUAUGUUGCAAUCUUUAUCGUUAAUCACGGUUACUGGCUUCUAAUUAGUGAUAUGUUUUCAGAGACAAGCCCUGGAGGCAGCUCACAAGGGAUGGGGUACUUCUUGUAUCAUUGGAGUUGCUGCCUCAGGACAAGAGAUCUCGACUCGACCCUUUCAACUGGUCACUGGUCGUACCUGGAAAGGAACGGCGUUCGGUGGAUGGAAGAGCAAGGACUCGGUCCCCAAAUUGGUCGAUGAUUAUUUGGCCGGGACCCUGAAGAUCGAUGAGUUCAUUACCCACAAUUACAAUCUCGGUGAGCUGAACAAGGCGAUUGAAGUACUUCAUAAAGGCGAGAGGUAAGGAAUCUUCAAUUCUUAUGAAACAGUUGCUUAAUUUAAUUUUAAUAUUCAAUGAUUCCAGUCUCCGUGCUGUCAUCGAUGUAUCCAAGUAA